GAAACCUACAGCUUACCACCUAAAGCCCUUUCUAGUUUGUUUUCCUUGUUGUUUAAGGUUCUAUUGUCGGCUAAAUAACGUCGCUGGUCCUUGUGCAACUUUUAUCGUAUUUCCAGGUGGAAAAAUGUCUUCAAAAGAGAGUUCGAACGCCCGCGAGGCGUCGAAAGACUUCUACAUUCGUUACUACGUAGGUCACAAGGGCAAGUUCGGCCACGAGUUCCUCGAGUUCGAGUUCCGGCCUGACGGAAAACUACGCUACGCCAACAACUCAAACUACAAGAACGACACGAUGAUCAGGAAAGAGGCGUACGUCCACCGUUGCGUCCUCGAAGAACUUAAAAGAAUCAUCAUCGACUCCGAAAUAAUGCAAGAGGACGACUCGCUAUGGCCGCAACCGGACCGCGUCGGCAGGCAGGAGCUGGAGAUAGUCAUAGGAGACGAGCACAUCGCCUUCACCACAUCCAAGACGGGCACCCUCGUCGACGUCAACCAUUCCAGGGACCCAGAGGGCCUCAGGUGCUUCUACUACCUCGUCCAGGACUUAAAGUGCCUCGUUUUCUCUUUGAUCGGCCUUCACUUUAAAAUCAAGCCCAUAUAAAAAGUUAUCUUUUUACAAUUUAAAAAUAUUUACCAUUUAAUUUUUGCCUUUUUAAUGUCUCAAUUUUAUAAAACUUAACUUCGAUAUCACUUACAAUAAAGUUUCUAGUGUAAUUUA